UGUGAUGCUGGAGAACUAUAGGAACCUGCAUUCAUUGCAUAAAGUUCAUCCACUUUCCAAACCAGUUGAGAUCCCCAAAUUGGAGAGUAAGAAAGAAAGAUGGAUAAUGGAGGGAGAAGUCCCAAGAAGGACCAUUUGUGGUAAGAACCAGGCAGAUAUGAUACAUUUGUAAGAAGCUAGGGUUUAUUAAACCUAGAGAUAGUGACUUGCCUUUGAAUUAUUAGCUGGGUGUAAUCAAAAUUUUUACUUAAAAAAGCAUCGUUACCUUUUAUUCACAGGUUCUCUUUCCUGUGUGGCAAAAUAUUGUCAUGGGUAGGACCACAACUUCAAGCUGGGUGGCUUGGGGCAACCUUUGUGCUGGUUUUCUCACCUGUAACUUAAAAGUUAAUAAUAGUAACUCCCUCCAGAUUACUGUGAGGAUUAAAUGAAUUGAUACAUGGAACACACUUAGAACAUUGCCUGGUACAUGGUAAGUGCUAAAUAAACAACCAUUAAUCAACUAACAUUGAAUGUUAUCCUUCCUUUUGAAGAAAAUAAAACUUUAUGCUAGAGUGACUUUUAGUAAUCAUCCACUUUUCCUUCUUUGUAAAACUUCUUAAUUUGUACUUUAACUCCCACAACAUCAUAAUCUUUUCUUAUUAACACUUUGUAAUAGUGUAAAACUAUUGUAAGAUUAUAUUAAAAAGGAAUAUAGUUCAGACCCCAGAGUUACACAAUAUUAACAUGUUGGUUUGAAUUUUUUAAAGCCAUUUCUUUGUGAUGCAGAUCUGUGGUUUCUGAAAAUUUCUUUUAUUCCUAAAAUAUGGAACAGUUUUCAAAUUUUUUCCAAAAUUCAGCAGGAAUAUAUCAUUUUAUAUCCUGUUCUUUUCACCUUUUAUAUCAUGACCAGUUACCUAUUUUACCAAAUAAACUAUGAAAAUGUGCUUUCUGAAUCACACUUAACGUUCCUUUACACGUUAUAAUAUUUUUAAUCAUCCCCUACCACCACUGUUGGAUAUUUAGGUUGUACCAAUUUUUCAAGCAUUAUCCGAUGAUUUCAUAGGAUAAAGUUAUUACGUGAGACUAAUUUUAAAAAAUAGGAUUGGAAGCAGCUGGGGUUGUGGCUCAGUGGUAGAGUGCUUGCCUAGCAUAUGUGAGGCCCUGGGUUCGAUUUUAAGCACCACAUAUAAAUAAAAGUAAUAAAAAAUAAAGAUCAUUGGCAACUAAUAAACAUUAAAAAAAUAGGAAUGAAAAAGUUACCUGAAAAAUUAGUUGUACAAAUAUGAGAACAACAAAGAUUUAUUUAGGGAAAUACAAUUAUGAAUGAUACUAUUAAAUACUGCUACAACAAUUACUGUUUUAGUUAUCUGUGGUUUCUAACAAAUAAUCCCAAAACAAUCAUUUUAUUCCCAAUUUUUUUCUAAGUUGACUGAGGAAUUUUUAUGUUCCAUGUGAUGUUGGCUGGGGAUGCAAUGUCUUGGGGUUCUAAUGAGACAGAAUGCCCAAAAUAGCACAUGACAUGAUUAGAAGUUGAUACUGACUGUCCCUGGGAACAUAGUUGGUCCGAUGGACACAGUACCUAUCAUGGCUUCUCCUUGAGGUUUGGGCUUCUCUUGGCACAGUGGCCAGAUUCUCUGAGAACACAUGUCCUGAGAGGAAUCAGAAGCUAUCAGUCUUUUAAAGAUUAGGUCAACAGGUGGCAUAAUAUCACUUCUGCAAUCUUUUGUUUGCUAAGCUGACACAGGAUCAAGUCUCUACUUGUGUAUGAGAAAAGUGGCAAAGAAUGUGUAGCUAUGUUCUAUCAUAGUCUGUCCUGUCCACAAGUCAUCCAUACUCUCCCCCCUUGUAAAAUAUAUGUACUCUUUACCAAGACCCCAAGAACCUCUUCUUAUUAUCAGACUUAAAGUUCAGAAUCUCAUCAUCUAAAUUGGGUACAGGUUUGAAAGUGGUUCCUCUCUUUUCUCUGAAGAUCUGUAUAUUAAAAUGACAUGUGGCCAGCCCCCACACACUCAGCAUACAUUGGUGAGGCAGAGACAGGAAAAAUGGAUUAAAAUCCCAUUGUAUAUUCCUAGGCUCCAUUCAAUAGAUUGAUUUAAUACUCUAGCUUCUAGCUUGGCUGUGGUGCAAAUGAUAAUUUCUGAUAUAAAAUUAGAUUAAUUAGGCUGAGUUGAUAAAUAUUUGUCAAAUUUGGCAGUAUCACUGGGGCUGAUUUGUGAUAAAAGUGGAAUGUCUGUGGGGUCCCAGAGGGAACAUGUAGGGGUUUCUGAUCCCUAGAGCAUUCCAAAUUCAGAAAGUAGCUCCUUUCUCAAGAUGGCUCCUGGAUACAGCAACCUAGGGUUUGGUGAGAGAUUAGGUGAUAUUCAAUCCAAAGUGAGGCUGCUAUUGCAGCUGGAAUUGCUAAGCAUUUACACUGGUAAAAGUUUGCUGAUACUCUUGCACCUUUACCCUGCAAAAGGGAGACUUUUUCCCCCAGCUAUGGCAUGUGACCAGGUAUUUAAUUUCUCUUAUUAUGUUCUUGACCUAGGUCUUUGAAUCUUACAAGAUCCCAGCUCUCUUGUUGAUUUCCAGUGUUCUUCCAUGGUCAUUCACCUCAAAAUACAAAUACAUGACAUGGAAACUGUUUCAAAAGAUCAAGAUUCAGUUCCAAAGCAGAGGGCUUCUACAGAAGAAUCAUCCUAUGGAGUAAUUAUGACAAGGUUUACCAAAAGUGAACAUCCUUUCUUAGAAGGCUGGAAAAGUGAGGAUUGGUUACAUGAAAUCCAGAAAAAUCAGAACAUAAGUUUGCUGCAACAGGCUUCUAUUCAUAAAACUGUCUGCACUGAAGAGGGAGACUCUGAAUGUAAUGAAAAUAAGAAAAGCUUUAAUUCAGUUAGCUCUAUAUGGGAUAUACAACAGGGAAUUCCUAUGGGAAAGGGUCUCACAAAAGAACACAAGUUUAAAACUAAUUUCAAAUCCAAUUCAGAAUCAGUGGGUAAGAAACAUUUAGAAUAUAAUGAAUGUGGAAAUGCCUUGAAUCUAAGUACACAUAUUAUUCAACCCCCCAAAAGUCACACAACAGUGAAUUCCUAUGAAUGUUAUCAAUGUGGAAAAGCCUUCAGCCGGACUUCAUCCCUCAUUCGACAUCAGAUCAUUCACACUGGAGAGAAACCCUAUAAAUGCAGUGAAUGUGGGAGAUUGUUCAACCGAAAUACAAACCUUAUAAAACAUAAAAAAAUUCAUACUAAUGCUAAGAUUUAUGAAGACAAUAAAAGUGGAAAAGCCUUGUGUAAGAGUGAAGACAAUAAUAAAAACCCAAGACUCCAUUCUGGAGACAGUUCCUAUGAAUGUGUUGACUGUGGAAAAUCCUUCAACCGAAGCUCUUCCCUUAUUCGACAUCAGAUGAUUCAUACAGGAGAGAAACCAUUCAAAUGUAAGGACUGUAAGAAAACCUUCAACAGACAUUCAAACCUUAUUAAACACCAAAAACUUCAUGCUAGAGAUCAAUCCUGAAAAGGAAGAAAUACUAGAAAACCUUCAGUCAGUGAGAACUCAUUCAGCAUCCAUGAAUUUUUGCUAGAGGGAAUCCCACGCAUAUAAGAAAAUAUUUGUCACAGAUUAUUCUUUAAAUGAUGUAACAAUAUUGGAGAGAAGUCUGUUUGAGGGAUCUUUUCCAGAUUCCCAAAAUUAAGCCAUAAGAGUUUGAAGUUAAUACAAAGACUAGUAUGGUAAUAUGUUUUUGAUUAUUUUGAUGUAACCUUCAUCUUUCUCUAGUCCAUAAAAUGUUAUCUGUAGCAUACUUAUGUUCAUCUGAUUCAUUAAUGAAGUAUCUAUUAGGGAGAAGCCAAGCAAUAUUGUUGAUGAUAUUCAAUAUUAAACUGUUGGUCCUUAUAAGAAAGUCACACACACAUAAAAAGGAGCUUUUGAGGAUAUAUGAAGAUAGUUCUAAGGAUUAAUGGGAAAGAGUACAGUGAAAGACUGUUACUUCACCCUUGACAAUAUCUUUGGCAACUAGAAUUGGGAGAAACUUAUCAAUUGCAAUGGGAAAUGGGUGUGGUUUUGUUCAGUUAUAUGUAGUCUUAAUAUUUCAUUUUUUUAAAAAAGUACUUUCUGAGAUCUAGGAUGGAGAAACAUUGUAGCCUUAGGUCUGUCAUUAGUUCCAGACAUUCUGAGGUCAAUAAAAUGUCUUACUACUAUGUGUGCUAGAAAUGUAUUUACUAUAGGGUAGCUCAGGGUCCCAAAUUGUUUCUUAAGCCAAGAAGCAUGUCUUAAUCUACCCAAAUGAUUACUACUGGAGACAUUCCCAAUAAAUAAUGAUGCUGGCUUUUUGUCGAAAGUUCUAAACUAAUACGAAAGUCAAAUCUCCCUCUUAUUACCCUCUUAUAAGUAUUCCCUUACAAAAUUAUUUGUAAUUACAUGCAAAGCCCACCCAGUUAAUUCAGAUAAUUUCCUGAUCUUAAAAUCCUUAAUCACAUAUGUACAAAGAUUUUUUAUAUGUAUUUUUAAGUUUUCCAGGAUUUUUUUUUUUUUAAUCAUUCACAGGGUCUAGGGAUUAGGGGUCUGGGUAUCUUUGGGGAAGAGGAACAUUAUUCAGCUCCCCACUGCUAUGACAAAUUUCCAUAAAUUUAGCAACUUAACACAAAUGUAUCAUAGAUCUUCAGGAUAUAAGUCUGGGUCUUAAUUGGACUAAACUCAGAUGUCAAUAGGCUGUGUUCUUUCUUGGAGAUUCUAAAAGAGAAUCUCUUUUGCCUGUCCCAAACUUCUAAAGGUACUCAGAUUAUUUGGUCUGUGACUCUUCCUCCAUUUGCACAGCCAGUAGUGUUGCCCUCUUCUUCCAUAGUAACAUCUUUCCCUGACUAGCUCUCCUCUCCUCUCCCACUUUUAAGGACCUUCUGAAUAAACUAAGGCCCCCAGAAAACCCAAGACAAUCUCUUUAAAAUCCUCUAAUAAAUAAUUGUAAUAUCAUCUACAACUUUAAUUUCCUUUUGCCAUGGAAUCUAACAGAUUCCCAGGUUUUGGGAUUAGGACUUGGAAAUCUCUAGUGGCUAUUAUGCUCCUUACCAGAGUACACCUCUGUUAUUUGUGCUGACAAACUAUCCCAGAAUUAAGCCUGAACCCGUGUUUUUCAUAUUGUUUAAGGGGUAGUAGAAUCAAGCUUCAGAAGCAGCACAAUGCAAUUGCUUAUCUCCUCUAUUAUCUGGGUAGAAAAAAAUUAGAUCCUAAACUCAAAAGACCAAAAUCAGUGAAGUACUUUAAAACCUAAUUAUUAUUUUCCUUCUUAAAAUUAAUGUCUCAAAUAGUCUAACUGAAAGAUUAUGAGCUAUUAAUAACACUUACCCAGUGAGACCAGUCCCUAUAUUUUUUUCAGCAUCGUAUCUGUGAACAACAUCCUCUGAGCAGAGUCCACUGCCACAUCCUUGAAUGUCAUUGUCCCCUAAAAUAUCAAACAUAUUUCUGCUAACUGUUGAUUCCUCUAAAAAUAUCAAGAGUUUUGCAAACUGGAACAAGUUGAGAGGAGGAACAAGAUGUUGCUCUGACUUUUGAUGAGACAUUAUUUGGAAAUCUAAUUUUGUGUUAUACCAUGCAAGACAGACAAAAGCUGGUGAUAGAGUUAACCACUCUAAAAAAUGAGGCUAGAGUAGAAUGAUUUAUGACAUAAUUAGAAAAAAAUGUAUAAUAUAGCAGAGGGUCAAAAUGGUUUAAAGUCUUCAAACUACACACCUUCCCCAACCAUAACAAGUAUACAAGGAUGUUUUGUAUAUUUCUUUUUCAUUGGGUUAUAUGAUAAAAUAUAAUACUUGCAUACAAUAAAAUAGGGAAAGUCAUAGUACGUCCCUGAAAGAUUUCACAAAGUACAGAAUUACUAUUGGAGGAGUAAGAAGGUUUCACAGUGAUGGACCAUAAAAGGUGGAUAUUGUUUAUUUAGAUGAUAGGAAUAACUAUACAAAUAAUGGGUGAAGAACAAAGUAGAUAAAUCUUUUAAUUGUAAAGGCUAUAUAUGUAGGCUGCAGAAAAAAAACUUUGAGGAGAAAAGCAUUCAUCCAUCUCCCCACCAAUUAGACUCCCCAAGUAAACAUUGUUAUUGAUGUUUCUUUCCAGGAAAUCUCAACACAUGUAAAAUAUAUACGUAGAGAAAAUAGAGAUUGUCUAGACAUGAGGGGUGGAAGUAUAACUAUAAGUGGAUACAAGGGAACUACUUGUAGUGACAGAUUAUCUGAAAACUGGAUUGGGACAGUGCACAACUCUAUAAGCUUACUAAAAUCAACUAUAUACUGAUGAUGGACGGACUAUAUAUAAAUUGUAUGUCAUUGAGGCUGUUAAGAAAUAGACAUGAGUUCUGGAGCAAGAACAUUCUUUUUGUAGAAGGUAAUUGUUCACCCUUUGAAAAGCAGCUUCUGACAUAAUACCGGGUCCUAGUAGAGACUGAACUCCUGUCUGCAACUUCAAAUUACUAUGCAGUCACACCCACCUUUGAGCUUGGUAGUGUUAGAUCCACUGUCUCAGGGUUCUCCAGAGAAAUGAAACAAAUAGAAUAUAUGUAAUUAUAAUAGGGAAUUUCUUAAAUUGACUUACAGAGAUUGAACUGUCUCAGUGCCUGUCUGCAGGUUGGAGAAUUAGGAAAAAUAGUAACUGCUCAGUCCAAGAAGCAAGAAAGCCUCAGAACAAGAGGGAGCAAUGAUGCAGCCCCACUUUGGGGGUGAAGGCUUGGAAGUACCUCACUAGGGCAAGCCUGCAUUAAAAAAAUUAUAGAAUCUUGAAGCUAGAUUUACAGAUAGGUAGGUAGUGUAGUUAGGUAAAUCGGGUCUAAUAUCGAGUAAGAUAAAGAAAAUGGAGACCAUUAUUGAGAAUGGAGUCCAGGAAAGCAGAGCAGCACUUGGGGAAAUUGAAAUGUUAAUGUCCCCAAGACCCAGAACCCAUCCUAAGGAACUGUUAAUGAAACAGCUCCCAGCAAGCAGGGAGGUAUUAAACCACCCCAGGCCCUUCCUGACCAGAUUACUCCUUCAGCCCACCCAUCUCCCACCUUUUGGGCCUUCCCACCUGCAUUCUAUCACUGCAAGAUAAAGAGAAACAAAGGACAUGAAUGUGGGAAAACUAAAAGACUUUAGCUAUUUAAAAAGGGAAGACCUCCCCCUUCCACGGAUUCCGCCUUUUGGGUCCCCUUCUUCCUCUGGGAAGAAGUCUUUUCUGCUGUCCUUUAAUAAAGCUUCCACUUUCCGCUCUA